UUUGCCGAGGACGUUAGUCUGGCACGGCAUGCCAUCGAUCAUCACAACGAAAUGCGCAAAAAAGAUCACCAAGCUGCCCAUCGAGGAUCUCGAUAUGCAGGGCAAAAAAGCUGGUGACCAAAAUCAACAUGGCAGCAGCUGCCAAUGCCGGAGCAGCUGGACAGUGCACUGGCGGCUCAGCGCCAUCGGAAUGCUCCGAUUCAGGCACCUCAUCAGCUGGCCAGCAGCAAAAUGCACGCGUUGCCACCAAUAAUAAUCCGGAUAUGUCGGCGGCGAUCAAUAAAGCGAUGCGACAAAUCGACCUCAUCCACACGGGACAAGAGCGUUUGCUUAUGCUGUGGCAGCACAAGAAAGUCAAGCUGGAUCAGUGCUUUCAGUGGCGUCUCUUCGAGCAGGAUUGCGAGAAAAUGUUCGAUUGGAUUCUACACAAUCGUGAUGUGUUCCAAAUGAGCUACGUGGAGAUUGGACACAACUAUUCGGUGGCCAAAUCGCUGCAGGAUGAGCAUCAAAAGUUCGCUGUCGCUUCGAUGAAUGUGAAUGUGAAUAUCGAUCGGAUUUUAGCGGUGGCCGCGCGUCUCAUCGAGAGCCAACACUAUGCGGCACAGCAUAUCAAGACGUUGGCACAGCGAUUGGAUCGCACCUGGAAGGAUUUUGGCGCUGGCUUGGAUGAACGCACUGCGGUGCUGCAGUUGAGUGUGCUCUUCCACCACAAGGCCGAGCAGUAUUGCAAUAGUGUGGCCAGCUGGGCAGCCGCUUGCCAGGCAUCGCAGCCGCUGCCCUGUGAUAUACAGAGUCUGGAGACGGCAAUACGAACGCAUCAGUCGCUGUACGAGGCCAUGUGUCAGGCCUACACCGAGGUGCAUUCGACGAGCAAGAAGCUAUUGUAUCAACUCGAUCAUUUGGUGCAAGUGUGCAACCAACCGCCGCCGCCUGGAGUGCCGGAUCAUCGCAAGAACAGCAACAGCAGCAGCUACAACAAGUACGAGCGACAGAAUCCCGCUGCGGAUUACAGCGAGGGCGCCAGCCAUGUCCUGGCGGUCAUACACCAAAUAUUGAGCCAUCAUCGCACACUCGAGGCGAAGUGGCAUCAGGAGAAGAUACGGUUGCAUCAGACGUUGGCGCUGCGCCUCUUCCAGGAGGAUGUGAAGCAGGUGCUCGACUGGCUCAAGAAUCAUGGCGAAGUGUUUUUGCGCAAGAACACUGGCAUUGGACGCAAUCUGCAGAAGGCGCGUGUCUAUCAAAAGUCACACGAGCACUUUGAGAAUGUCGCACAGAAUACUUACAGCAAUGCAGAGAAACUGCUGUCCGCUGCUGAGGAGUUGGCCAGAAGUGGCGAAGCGGAUCCCAAUGAAAUAUACUCAGUGGCACGUGAGCUGGAGCUGCAGGUGGCCAGCUUUGCAGAGCGUGUGGAGCAACGACGACGUCGUCUCGAAAUGGCUGUCAUCUUUUAUACGCACGAAAAGGAGGUCACAGCAUGGAUUGAAUCAUUGCGCACGGAUGUGAGCACAGAUGAGACGCGUCUGUCGCAGGAGAAUCUCGAGGGCAUCGAACGUUUGCUGCAACAGUACAGAGAUCAGCAAGAGAGCACUGUGAAUGCUUGUAUGACGAUUAUUGCCCAGGGCGAAGCAUUGCUGCAGGAGAUGCGUGCGCUGGAGUAUGUGGACAAUACGGGUUCGUUGGCUGCCCUCGAAGCGACGCUCGAGAAACUGAGCAAGCAGAAAAUCGAAGUGGAAGAACUUUGGUCUGCACGCAAAUUCCGCGCUGAUCUUAUACUUCGAUUGCGUUACUUUGAGCGCGAUGCCAUGGACUUGUCAUCGCAGCUGGAGAUCUGGUCGGAGGAGCUACAGCAUGCGGAUCUGUCGCGUGACUAUCAGAAGGCCGAGCAGCUCAUACGCAUGCACAACGAAUCUGUGACCGAUAUACAAAAUACCACAUACGAGGUGCUGCAACAGGGUCAGGAUCUGUUGCAGCUUUUCGAGAAUGCGGGCUUCAUUUCCAUGGCUGACGCCACGCACACGGCGCAGGCACGCAUCGAAUACCUCUUGGACUUCUUGCGAGAACGUGAAAUCGAUCUGGAGGAGUUGUCGGAGGCAAAGCGUGCGAAAUUGGAACAGGCUGUGCAGCUGUGUCAGUUCCAGAACGAUGCCAAUCAGGUGAUCUCGUGGAUACGCAAUGGCGAGGCCAUGCUGGUGGCCAGCUUCGUGACGCCCAACAGUCUGCAGGAGGCGGAACAGCUGCGCAAGGAACACGAACAGUUUCAGAUUGCCAUUGAGAAGACGCACACUUCGGCCGUGCAAGUAAAAUACCGUGCGGAUGCGCUCAUCAAUGCGAAUCAUUACGACCCCACGUCAAUACGGGAUAUCAGUGAUGAUGUUACCAAAAAGUGGCAGCAAUUGGUCACCUACGCAGAGGAGCGACACAAACUCGUGACGGCGUCCAUCAAUUUCUACAAGACGGCCGAGCAGGUGUGCUCGGUGCUGGACAGUCUGGAGCGCGAGUAUCGACGCGAGGACGAUUGGUGUGGCGGUGGAGGGAGCAGCGAUAAGGCACAGACGAUUGUGCAAUUGAUAUCGAAGCAUCAGGAGCAGAAGGAGGCCUUCUUGAAGGCCUGCACAUUGGCGCGUCGCACGGCAGAGACAUUCCUCAAGUAUGCGAAUCGAUCGCAGCAGUAUUACCAGUAUCCGCAGGGCAAUUGCGAGGCGCAUGUUAAGAGCAAACUGGACAAGCUGCUCACGCAAGAGAAUCAAGUGCUCGACUUCUGGACGUUGCGCAAGAAAUCGCUCGAUCAGUGCCAGCAAUUUGUGCUGUUCGAACGCAGCGCCAAACAGGCCAUCGAAUGGAUACACAACACUGGCGAGGGUUAUCUCUCGUCACGCACGAAUCUCGUGGGCAUCUCACGCGAGGAGACCGAGGGACUGCUAAAGGAACACAACGAAUUCCGUAGUACCGCCAAGGAGACACGUGAGCGAGUCAAGCUGCUGAUACAAUUGGCCGAUAGUUUGGUCGAGAAGGGACAUGCACAUGCCAGCAGCAUUAAGCAGUGGGUUGCUUCGGUGGAUCAGCGCUACAAGGACUUUAGUAAUCGCAUGGACAGCUACUGUGAGCAGCUGGAGAAGUCGUUGGGCAUGACGCAGCAGCAACAGCUCCAUAUGCAACCCGAAUCCGAUGCAAAUAGUUCGAUUAGCAGCACAUCGGGCGCUAGUAGCAGCAACGAUCGUCACUCGGAUCCGACGCUCGAGGCGAAGCUGACGACUUCCGCCAGUUCGGCAGCCAGCAAGGAGAUCAACGAGGAGAAACGCAAGUCGGCGCGACGAAAAGAGUUCAUCAUGGCGGAACUGAUGCAAACGGAACGCGCCUAUGUCAACGAUCUGGCCACGUGCAUCAAGUGCUUCCUCGAAGAGUUCCGCAGCGGACGCAAUGUGCCGCCCGCUUUGAUUGGCCAGGAGGAUAUUAUCUUUGGCAAUAUACGGGAGAUCCAUCAUUUCCAUCAGAAGAUCUUUUUGCGUGAACUCGAGAAAUACGAAACAAUGCCUGAGGAUGUGGGCCAUUGUUUCGUGACGUGGGCAGUCAAGUUCGAUAUGUAUGUGCAUUAUUGCAAGAAUAAACCGACAUCGAACAAUCUGCUGGUGCAGCAUGCAGGCAACUACUUUGAGGAGUUGCAGCGUCGUCUUGAGGUCGAGCAUCCGCUGCCGGCGUAUCUGAUUAAGCCGGUGCAGCGCAUCACCAAAUACCAGCUGCUGCUCAAGGAUCUGUUGUCGUGCUGUGAGGGCAGCCAUGGCGAGAUCAAGGAGGGUCUCGAGGUCAUGCUCAAUGUGCCGAAGAAGGCCAACGAUGCCAUGCAUCUGUCGCUGCUCGAGAACUGUGAUGUGUCCAUCGACAAGCUGGGCGAGGUGGUGCUCCAGGAGGCAUUCCAGGCGUGGGACACUAAGCAGAUCAUUCGUAAGGGACGUGAACGUCGUGUGUUCCUCUUCGAGUUGUAUUUGCUGUUCGCUAAGGAAGUGAAAGAAUCGAAUGUGGUCAAGUAUCAGUUCAAGAGCAAACUGAUGACCACAGACAUGGGCAUCACGGAGCACAUCGAGGGCGAUGAAACCAAGUUUGCGGUGUGGACUGGACGUUCCCCCAUGCUCUCCGAUUGCCGCAUUGUGCUCAAGGCCAAUAGCCUGGAAACCAAGCAGAUUUGGGUGAAGAAACUGCGUGAAGUCAUGCAGGAAACUUGCUUCUCGGGCACCUCGCUUACGUUGCCAAAGUCGCCAGCGAAGAAUUCGGGCUCCUCGCAGCGCUCCUCACGUGAUCUGGACGAGCCGCUCACCGAGAACGAUCACGAUCGUUGCUCGCUGGCCAGCUUUGGCUCCGGCAACACAACAGACAGUGAUAAUAAGCUGGGCAAUCAGGAGGCCACCUGGGUGGUUGCCGACUACAUCGCCAGCUCGGGCAGCAAUGAGCUGAGCGUUAGCAAGGGCCAGCAGGUUGAGAUUAUUGAGCCGCCCACAGCCAGUGAGCCGGACUUCUGUUUGGUGCGCCUAAAUCCGCAGCAUGACGAUUCAGCCGUUCAAGAGGGCCUUGUGCCAGUGUCAGUGCUCAAACCGCCGCCAGGCUCGCACAAGCAAGGUUCAACCGGCGGCAGCAGCGGCCAAACUGGCGCCUCAGGAGCCUCGCAAAAGCCAAACGAUAAUAUGCAGGAUCAAGGCAAUCGCAGCAAGGCGGAUGCAUUGUCUUCGUCAACCAAACGACGUGGCUUUAGUGGGCGCAAAUGGUUGCCGCCACAACUGCGUAAACUGUCGCAGAGCAAGGGUGAGAAAUUACCGAACGACAAAUCGCUCUUGAAGAAACCCUCGGAGAAGAAUCUGAGACUACCACAGAAACAUGCCGAGGAGCUGGCGGAACAAACGUCGGGCACAGCGACACCUGGCAGCGGUGCAAGCACCAGCGGCAGUGUUGGCCAAAUGCCACCGCAAUUCCCCAAUGUAACGAGCACAACAACACAGCAGCAGCAACAUGACUAUGAGCCCGAUGAGGAGGCUGGCUUGGAGCUGCCGCCACCGAUGAAGCCCAUACAAGAGCCACAUUUGAUUGCCAAUGGACCGCCCGCAUUUCCCAAGGAUCUCAAGGAGAGCUCAGCCAAUUUGACCAGCACUGGUAAAAUAGACGGCAAACUAUCGGAAAUUGAACAAAUUGUCAGAAUGAGCAGGGAACAACACGAGUCCAAUAGCCGUGUCGAUGGCGCUGUUACAGCUGAAGAGGCUGCCGAAAGCGCUGCAACCAAUGGACGCUCUCAUGACGAUGACAGGAACAACACCGGCAAUAGCGAUAGCCAAGCUGCCGCUUUAAAGCAACGCCAAAUGGUGAUGCAGGAGCUGGUCUCAACGGAAGAUAAAUACGUGAAAGAUCUGGAGGUGAUAGUCAAUGGUUAUAUGAAGGAGAUACACAACAAGGAGAUACCCAGGCCAGUCGAUCUUCAGGGCGGCAAAAUGGAUCUGGUCUUUAACAACAUCACAGAGAUCUACGAGUGGCACAGAGAUAAAUUCCUGCGAGCUUUGCGCCACUGCCAACGGACACCGGCGGAUUUGGGGCCGCUGAUCGAGAACUCCAGCAAAAAGUUCAACAUGUACUACUAUUUCUGCAGCAAUAAGAUACUGUCCGAGUAUAUAGUCAAUGAGCAUUAUGAUUACUUUGAAAAGAUAUGCAACAAACUCGGAGAAAAAGAUCGCAUGAAGCUGAGCGAUCUUCUCAUUAAGCCAGUGCAGCGCAUUACCAAAUACGAGCUGCUUAUCAAGCAGCUGUUGAGGGAAACGCAACGUGCGGGUCUGCAAAAUGAGGUGGCCUCGUUGGUGGAGGCCUACAACCAGAUGCGGGUUGUGGUCAAGACCGUCGAUGAUAUGACGCUCGUGUUGCGAGGUCUCCACGAUUUCGAUGGCGAGAUUACUGCACAGGGCAAUCUGCUGCUACAGGGCACGCUGCAAUGUUCGAUUGAUGCCGGGCAAAGGCAACGGGAGCUGCAAGUCUUUCUGUUCCAACAGAUUAUCAUCUUUGCUGACAUCCAGAAGGCAAAGACGCAAUACACCGAUCCGAUCUACAAGUAUCGCACCCACAUACAGCUCAACCACAUGCAUCUGGAACGAAUGAAGGAGAGUGAUUACAGUUUUCGAAUCAGAUCAACGGACCCGAAUAAGCCAACAGUAGCAAUCGACUGCCAGGCAGCCUCUGCAGAGUCCUAUGCCGAAUGGUUGGGCAUGUUAAACAAGAUACUCGAGCAGCAGAGCGCAUUAAUUUCCCGGCUCGUCAAUCCAUUGAACAAUUGAAACUAUUGAACAACACACAGCCACAGCAGCGAAAGCAAACAACAAAUGUGUGUGUGUUGAAUUCCAAAAACAAACAAACAAACAAAAGAAAUAAAAAAACACAAAAAUAAUAAUAUACUACAAUUACCAAGGGUAGUUCUAUAUAGAAAUACUUAAAUAAAACAAACAUUGCAAGGUGUUUUGGCCAAGAGAGAGAGAGAGACACCAAAAAAAAACAAAACAAAAAAAUGAAAUUCUAGUGAGCACUCGCCUCGCACUUGUUUGUCUGAGCGUCUGUUUCUGUUCGUUUUGCUCACUAUCGACCACACACACACACACAUUCAUACACACCCAAACACACACACACACAUACAUACUCAAGUCCUAAUUUGUAUGUAGCUUGUAAUUAAUUUAUUUUAUUUUUUGUUUAAUCGCCUCGUUGAUCUACUUUACAUUUGAUAACUUGUAUGUGCCGUCUGCAAAUCUUUCAUGUUUCUGAUUUCCGUGUCAAAUACAAAAAAGUAUUAUAUGCUCAAGAAUAUUAAUCAUAUUAUGUGCAUUUCUUAAAUUAGUUUCUCUUUUAUGUUUUAUUGAUAUACUUUUGCUUCUGUUCCUUUAGUUUAUUUUAUUGACAUUUUUUUUGUAUUAACGGCAAAGUAAGAACUCAAGUACUCACAAUCAAAAGCAAUUUAUGGAAUACUUAAAAGUAAACGAAACAUAAAUAAUUAAUCACACACACACACAUACAUACUACAUACAACCAAGUCUAAAGUAAUAAGUAAAGUAUUUAAUGAGUACAUUUAGUUAUAAUUUUCAAAAAUUUAGUUAUGUAAUGAAAUGCUAAAUUUAAUUUCAGUUGUUUAAGCGGUGAUUUCUGUAAUUAUCAUACACACAUACAUAUGUACAUGUAAUAAUUCAGUGAAACAAACAACAAACAUUUGGAAUAUCUUUUAAGUUCGCUUUAAUUUAUCUAUAUAUAUAUAUUUAAACAUAUAUACACACAAACACACGCGCGCGUAUUUGUAUUUUAUAUAUUUUAAAAAUAAUAAAAUAUUUAAGCUUUAAAAAUUAAUCAAAAAAAGAAAAUAAGUUUAGAGAUUUUCAGUUUAUAAUUUGAAAUAACGCAUUAAAAAUAAAACAAAUAAUGCCUACUCAGAUAUCAAAAGCAUUUCGUUUUACUUUCGUAAUUAAUUGUUUGCAUUCAUUAUUAUUUACUAUCACUCUCAAACGAAUACACAUACACUCACACACCAACACACAGAAAUGGAAUAAAUAUUUACCAUAUUUAAGCAAACAUAUACAUAUAUAAAUAUAAAUAUCUUUGGUGUGCGUCAUUUGUUAGUUAAGGUAAGGUGAGUCUAGGGGCAUGUACAGAGUAGUCGCUAUAUGAGAUAAGGUCUGUUUAAGUCAGUUUGGUUUUGCUGUUCUCACAUUGGUCAAGUAACAGAAAUUGCAUAC